AUGAUUCUAGAAGACGGUUUCCUGCUCUCAGCACUUGAAGACUCUGUGCUUAUUAUUCCUUCAAUUGCAGUUGGAAACAUUCCGCAAUUGACUGCUGACCUUUUGCUUCAUACAUUUGACUUUCAGAAAGUGGCGACUCUCGGGGACGAGUAUCUUUUGCCAUUCGUGUCGCCUGUUGAUCAUUCUGUAAACAAGAAGCAACCAUCUGGUCUUUCCUUUGGUAUUGAAGUCUAUUAUAGCAUAGAGCACCACAUCACAUUGAUCCAACAGAGGUCCCCCAUCAUCCUGGGUUUCAACGACAAACAUGUCAAUGAGGUCAUCGUUCCAUUCAUUGAAGCAUCCAAUCCACAGCAUGUGAUUGUGAUGGACUCGUCGAACAGUGCAUUGGUUGAAGGUGUGCCACAGGGAGAGGUCCGAGUACACACUAAUGAAGAUCUUUUGAGUGAAUCAUUCCUGUCACUCCUGAUUGAUAAAGAUUCCGCAAGGCCACUCGCCGAGGCAGAAGUACACUUUUCUGAUCACACGAAAGCUCUUGAGAAGAGUAUCAAAGCAUUGGCAAACCUUGUGGUGUUGGAAACGUUCGUUUAUGAAGGUGACAACUUCUUUGAUGCAAAGGCGCUAGCAUCCAAGGUGAUCCAGAUGUUGAACCUUCCUGCAACAGUAUUUGAGACUCCCGCCAGUUGGUUAGGUGUUUAUGGAGAUAAGCCCGUUCCCCUGGCAAUGGAGGAAGGCCUCUACGGUUGA